AUGCUCCAUUCUCGCCUUCGACUACACGACUCUGAUAUCGGAACCUACACGGAACUUAUGUGGCGGUCGCACUGCCGUACAAUUCUGCGAAGUUUUGGAGCAGCAAGCCGCAAUGGGGUGAUUAUCAAUGUGUCAAUUGCGAAGAAACCCAAGCAACGUCGAGAAAUCGACAUGCUGGUUCGCAAAUCGUCUGUUGGCUUGGUGCUGCUUGUUAGCGGCUGCCUCACGCUUGCCUUUGUUCUCAUACGCCGUGUUCGCGACAUUCGAGAUGAGGAUCACGAACUACAGAGGCCUCUUUGCCUCGCAAACUUGACGGAGGCCACGCGAAAGGAUAAGGCUCUUAGAGCGCGUGGCAACACAUCGUAUUCCGCUGGAAGGAAUAAUCUGAAAGCAUGCUGCCGUCAUACGAGGAAGAAUAGGAUAUUGCCUUUGUCGUUUCUUUUGACCUUGCAUGCCUAA